AUGUCAGAAAAAGCUUCAACAAACACUUCAGUCUCUCAGUUUAUAUCAACACUUGUACCUACUUUGGUCAUUUCAGUUGUAUUUGUCGUGGCCUUUGUAAUAAUACGUAAGUAUCAAAAAAGAGUUUAUGAACCACGUUCAAUUGUCAAGUCGUUACCGGAAGAUUUAAGACCCCAAUCACCACCGGCAGGCAUUUUCAGCUGGUUGGGUUCACUACUUCGCAGGCCAGAAACUUUUAUAAUCCAGUAUGCGGGCCCAGAUGGAUAUUUUUUUCUUCGUUUUUUAUUUGAAUUUUGCUGUAUUUGUAUCUUGGGGGCUAUAAUUACAUGGCCCAUAUUGUUCCCAGUUAAUGCAUCGAAUGGAAACAAUAACCAGCCAGGCUCAACAGUUGCUGGAUUUGAUAUCUUGACCAUUGCAAAUGUGCGAAAUAAAUGGAGAACUUUUGCACACGUUUUCUUAUCUUGGAUCUUAUUUGGUGCUGUGAUUUUUUUGAUCUACCGUGAGUUGGUUUAUUAUACUACUUUCAGACACGUUUUACAAACAACUCCACUAUACGAUUCCUUGUUGAGCUCAAGAACUUUGUUAUUGACUGAGAUUUCAACCAAUAAUUUGAAUGAUGAGUCUUUAAGGAGUUAUUUCCCAACCGCUACAAACAUUUGGUAUGGCAGGGAUUACAAAAAGUUGGAAGAGGAGUGUGAGGAAAGAACCAAAUUGGCUAGCAAGUAUGAAGGUGCACUAAACAAAGUAAUGACUAAAGCUGUAAAGCUAAGAAACAAAUGUAUUAAGAAAAAGAAACCAGUUCCAGAACCUGCUGACGAUCUUGACAAGUACUUGAAGGAUGGUAAGAAGAGACCAACCCACAGAUUGAAAUUUCUUAUUGGUAAAAAGGUUGAUACUUUGACUUAUGGUGCUGAGAAAUUGGGCGAGUUGAACAAGUCAAUAGUGAAACGACAGGAAAAGUAUCAAACGUCCACUCAAUUGCCAUCAGUGUUUCUUGAAUUUCCAACUCAAUUGGAAUUGCAAAAAGCUUAUCAAGCUAUUCCUUACAAUAAAGAUUUCAAAGGAGUUAAAAGAAUUACUGGUGUUUCCCCAGAUGAUAUCAUUUGGAAGAAUUUACAAUUGACAUCAACAAAGAGAAGAAUCAAGACUAUUCUUGCAAAUACCUUUUUGACAUUGUUGAUUAUAUUUUGGUGUAUUCCAGUUGCUGUUGUUGGUGCCAUUUCCAAUAUUAAUUUCUUGACUGAAAAAGUGCCAUUUUUGAGAUUUAUCAAUAAUAUGCCUAGUGUCAUCAUGGGUGUUAUUACAGGUUUACUUCCAGUAGUUGCCUUGGCCAUUUUGAUGUCCUUGAUUCCGCCGGUUAUCAAAUGGAUGGGAAGAAUUUCUGGUCGUCUUACAGUCCAGCAAGUUGAUGAAUAUUGUCAAUCGUGGUUUUUUGCCUUUCAAGUUGUUAAUGUUUUCCUUGCUGUUGCCUUGGGUUCAUCUGCAGCUUCGGUUGCGCAAGAAAUUGUUAAAGAUCCAGGUUCGGCAUUAAAACAAUUAUCUGAAAGAUUCCCCCCAUCUGUGAAUUUUUACUAUUCAUACCUUUGCUUACAAGGAUUAACAAUAAGCUCUGGUGUGUUAUUACAAAUUGUUGCAUUGAUUUUGUCUCAUAUCUUGGGAAGGAUUUUGGAUAGUACUCCAAGAGCUAAAUGGACAAGGUGGAACACCUUGACUCAACCAGGUUUUUCUGUGUUAUACCCUGGAUUUCAAUUGUUAACCGUUAUUGCUCUUGCUUAUUCAGUUAUCGCGCCAUUGAUUUUGGGCUUUACUGCAAUUGCUUUUGCUUUAUUCUACUUUGCAUAUAUCUACACAUUGAUUUAUGUCAUGAGACCAAGUACAGUUGAUGCAAGGGGUAGAAAUUAUGUUAAAUCCUUGUUUCAGUUAUUUACAGGGUUAUUUUUGGCACAAUUGUGGAUCACUGCAUUAUUUGUUUUCACCAAGAAUUGGGCAUGUGUUGCUUUGGAAGCUGUGAUUAUUGUCGUUACAAUAAUUGCCAGAUGCUGGUUAAAGAGACGAUUUGUAGCCAAUGUCGACGCGGUACCUAUUUCAGCAAUAAGAUAUGCAGCAGGUGAUUCUGCUUAUGCUUACCCAAUGCAUGAUCAAGGAUCGAAGGAGAUUAAGACUGAAGGCCAAAAUUACUGGGAAGGAGGUAAUCAAUUGGGAUUAAAAGCAGGUGAUGAUGUCAAGGAUCAAGUUUUGCCCGACAGAUAUCUUGGUACGUCAACAGCAGCAACGGCUGUUCCCAACAUCAACACUAGUGGUGCUGUUCCUAAUGCUGGAGUUGUCACUCAUGAACACCGCGUGUCGGACUCUUCAGCCGCAGAUAGUAAGAUUAUUAGUAAAAUGGAUAGUGAAAAAGUAUCACGCUCAGCAACGGAUCAACGUAGCUUUUCGGCAACUGAAGGUCCUUUUGCUGAACCAAAUUCAAACGACGAAGAGAAAGGAGAAAGAAGUCUUGCCAAAAACACUAUUAAUGGUGUUGCAGGUGCACCAGGCAAAGGCAUAUCGUGGCUUAAGAUAUUUUUCCGUCCAAAAACUCAAACUUUUGAUAUGAUUAGAAACAUAAUGCCAAAUUCAUACUUUAACUAUAUUGAAUAUAAUCCUGAGUUUAUCAGGCAUGCAUAUGAUGAUCCUGCAGUAUCACAAGAAGAACCUCAUAUCUGGAUUGCCAGAGAUCCUAUGGGAUUAUCCGAAAUUGAAAAGAACAAGGCACUUAAAGAAGGUGUUGAUGUGUCUAACGAGAAUGCUACAUUUAAUGAAAAGGGUCAGAUUGUUUUCACAGGUCCACCUCCAACUUAUGAAGAAGCUAUUAAGGUAUGA